AAACCUCUGAAGAGAGCUAAUACUAAGUAGUAGAAUCACGUCGACGUGGAAACCAAGCCUAAAAACUUCACCGUUGAUACCAGAUGAAAAGAUCACAAACCCUUAUUUUUUGAGAACCCGCUUGGCAUAUUCAUAUAUAUCACGGUUAUGGACGACCAACUGAAAAUGAAUGAGAUGGAUUACUUGCAUGUUCCUGAUACUGAUAAGUCUAAGAGUACGUCGCCUGCCGAUUCUGUAGCUUCUUCAGCCACUGACAUUUCUACUACACCAAUUACAGGUCGCACUGUCAAACGUGAUAACUUCGGUUUAACUCGGCAGCUGGCGUUUGCCAUUGCGGCCGCAGCUCUAGGGUCGUCGUUUCAACAUGGUUACAAUACUGGUGUGGUUAAUGCUCCCCAAGAUUUGGUAAUGGACUUCAUAAAAAAUUCUUAUUGGGAACGAUUUGACGAGGAACCAGGGAAACAAACGGUUACCAUUAUUUACUCCAUCAUGGUGUCCAUCUUCUGCAUUGGAGGAAUGGUGGGAGCUUUGUCAACUGCUUACGUAGCGGAGAAAUUAGGAAGGAAGGUUGCCCUAUUGGCGAACAACGUCUUUGUCUUUAUAGCUGCAGGCCUAAUGGGUUUUUCUAAGAUGGCUCGAUCAUAUGAAAUGUUAAUUAUGGGACGAUUUAUUAUCGGUAUCAACUGUGGUUUGAAUGCUGGACUAGCACCUAUGUAUUUGACUGAAGUGUCCCCAGUUCACCUUCGUGGAGCAGUGGGGACAAUUUACCAGCUUGUCAUCACCAUUUCAAUUCUUGUGUCCCAGGUGUUAGGAAUCCCUCAAGUUUUGGGAACUGAGGAAUUGUGGCCCUUCUUGUUUGGAAUGAUUAUUGUUCCUGCACUUUUUAUGAUGGCAACAAUGCCCCUGUGCCCAGAAUCCCCUAGAUAUAUCCUGAUCUAUCAGGGAAAAGAUGUGGCUGCACAAAAAGCUCUGACUUGGCUUCGGGGAACUCCCGAAGUUCACGAUGAAAUGGAAGAAAUGAAAACUGAAUACGAAGCGAUGAAAUUAAUCCCAAAGGUCACCCUGCACGAGAUGUGGACUAAUCCUUGGCUUCGUACUCCUCUAUUAAUAUCCAUCGUAGUCAUGUUGUCACAGCAACUGUCUGGUAUUAAUGCUGUUAUUUUCUUCUCGACAAAAAUCUUUGAAAAUGCUGGGCUGACCAAACAAAUGGCUCUGUAUGCAACAUUGGCUAUGGGAACUAUCAAUGUACUAAUGACCAUAGUGUCACUGGUUUUGGUGGAGAGAGCUGGACGUCGUACACUACAACUUGUUGGGCUUGGGGGGAUGGCAGUCAUCACACUCUUGUUGACCAUCUGUUUAGUUUUUAAGAAUUCCGCAACUUGGUUGUCUUACUUGAGCAUCGUCCUAGUGAUCGGGUUUGUGGUGAUGUUUGCUACUGGACCAGGCUCAAUUCCUUGGUUUCUGGUGGGGGAACUUUUUGGACAAGGUGCCAGAGCAAUAGCUACAAGCAUUGCUGUAGCUGUGAACUGGAGUGCCAACUUUGUUGUUGGACUUGGCUUUCUACCAUUAGCUAACAUCCUUCAAGAGUAUACGUUCUUGAUAUUCACGCUACUCCUAAUCAUCUUCUUUCUCUUCACGUACAAGAAAGUUCCAGAAACAAAGAACAAAACCAUAGAGGAAAUUACUGCCACCUUUAGACAAAAAACGUACCAGUGAGGUGGGCUAAUGUUAGGUAACGAGUGGUUUUUGUGUGGGUGGUUGUGUAAAAAAAAAAAAGUCUGGUUUGUUUAAGAUGAAUAAUAUAACUGAACGUUUAAGUGUAAGCAACCUUUAGUUGGUGAACACGCUGGUCACCUCGGACAAUGCCUUCCAUGCAAUAAACAUCGGUAACAUACAGAAGCAAAGCUUUUAAACUUAAUGAACAGAAUGGCUGAUCAACUUUAUUGGAAGAGUGUAUGUUUAAAAAAAAAAGAAAAAAAGAAACUUGUUUAUUUAACUAUAUAUUUUAUUUUUUAUUUAUCACUGUUGUGAUCUUUUUAAUAACUUAACAAAUUUGUUUCGAAAUUCAGUUACUUGUUUUAUAACUGUCUUUCUUUUUACAGAAACUAAUUUUUAUAUUUAUUCCAUUAUAUUGCGAUCUUUAUGUUUAUCGUUUGGUGUUUCCUACUUUGGAAUUAGUUACUUAACGAAAAGAAAGGAAGAUUGAUAUGAUAAAGUGAGAAUAUAAAAAAAGUAAUUAAUUUAUAUACUUGUGUUACAGUAAUAAGGGAGUAGCAUAAUUUUACCGCAUGUAUCAAAUAAUGUUAGAAACUGUGUGUAGAAUUCCUUAAUGUACCUAGGAAAGAACUUUGGUAGUAAGCUUGGAAAAUUAUGAGUAUUUCAGUAUAUUUAUUGCACAUUUUCUGUAUAGUGUGAACAAAGUGUUUAAAUUACCAGUGGUCUCUCACAGUCAUCUUCUGUGUAUUUUUUGGUAAGAUAAGUAAACCCUGGCUAUCAUCUACCAUAGUUAUUAUUAUAAAUUUUGUAAUGUAUUCACAUAACUUUUUUUUUUCCUAAAAUUUUUCCUUCUUAUAAAUGUUGGAAAUUGUAUAGUUUAAAAAAAAAAA